CACAAAGUUGUCUAUCCACUUACAGCCAGGAUUCCCCUCUCUGAACGCUAACAAUGGACAACCAUUCCUACAACUUCCCUUCUGACUGCACCCCUCUCACCAACUGCAAAUCUGCCCGCAAGCCUGUUGGAUCCACUGUCGUGAACAUGGGGAACACUGGCAAGAAUCCUCCUCGAGACUAUCUAGUCUGGUCGCUGUGCAACACCUUGUAUGUUAACUUCUGCUGCCUGGGUUUCAUGGCGCUCAUCUACUCCAUCAAGGCCAGGGACCAAAAGACUCAGGGCAACCUGCAGCUGGCUCAGGAGUGUUCGGACAAGGCCAAAUGGUACAACAUCCUGGCAGCCGGCUGGAACCUUCUCAUUCCGCUCCUGGCCAUCGUCCUGCUUGUCCUCCUGCUCGUCCACUUGGGCUCGUCUCAGGGCUCUUUCGACUUCCUUGGAGAAGAUGGACUCCAAAACUUCCUGAAACUUUUCAGUUGGUAGAUGAAAGCAAGAGAUAAGAGUGUUAUGUGAAGAAGGCAUUUGAUUUAAAUCGAGAAUAUGAAGGCUGACAUGAGAAUUUAUUACACUCCUAACCUAAAUGGGAGUCUGGACUUGGGCUGGCCUCUCUACCCCCUAAUCAGCACUAAAAUACCAUUUUAACUCAAAGGAAAUCAUGUCAGUGCAUUACGAGAUGGUCUCAAAAAUGCGGAAAAGUAAACUUAAACUUACAAAAAAUA